AUGGGGGAUAUCGGCAUGUACAUCAAAGCUAUUCUAGCGGAUCAAGACUCGAAGCAAAUCUUUUAUUUUUUGCUAUUAAAUCUGAGUUUCAUGUUUGUUCAAAUGCUUUAUGGCGUCUGGACAAACAGCUUAGGGCUUAUUUCCGAUUCGAUUCAUAUGUUUUUCGACUGUCUUGCGCUGGGAGUAGGAUUGUUUGCGUCGGUUAUGAGCAAAUGGAAUGCCAACAGGACCUUUUCGUAUGGAUACAGCAGAAUUGAGACUCUGUCUGGAUUCUCCAAUGGCAUUUUUUUGAGCUUAAUCUCCAUCUUUAUCAUCAUUGAAGCCAUUGAGCGCCUUGUCCACCCUCCAGAAAUGAAUACACAUCGACUACUCCUUAUCAGCUUCAUGGGCUUUGUAGUGAAUAUGAUCGGAAUCUUUGCGUUCAAUCAUGGCCAUGGACAUGGGCAUGGCCACGGUCAUAGUCACGGACACGGCCACGGUCAUGAUCAUGGGCAUGGACACAAUGCUAAUAUGCAAGGUGUUUUCUUACACAUCAUGGCGGAUACUUUGGGGUCAGUGGGUGUAAUUAUAUCAACACUGCUAAUUGACUGGUUUGGAUGGACAGGGUUUGAUCCAAUCGCAUCCAUGUUUAUUGCGGUUUUGAUUUUCAUGAGUGUUAUCCCAUUGAUCAAGGACUCUGCCGCUGUGCUCAUGUUAGAGGUUCCAGAUGCGAACCUUGGUAGCAUCGAGCAUGCCCUUGAGGAGAUCUCCAGGGUCCCAGGUGUCAUAUCGUACUCUUGUGCACGAUUCUGGCCCAACUCCCCAGAAUCCAUGAUUGGCAGUAUCCAUAUUCAAAUUUCUAGUGGCGUAGGAAAUCCACAGCAGCAAGAUGCAAUGUCUACAUUGACGACAAUUGAUACCAAAGCCCUUCAACAAUCUGUAGAACAGAUCCUGUUAUCAACGAUCCCAGGAUUAAGCGAAGUGGCUAUUCAAGUAGAAAAGGAGGGCAUGUAUGGUUUCCAAUCAUGUUUCUGUAACGGAUCUCGGUCAAGAAACGCAGCCUCGGUCAUUAAACAGAAUGGCGGUGGUGGCGAAGCUGGUUAUUCAGGCAUGAGAUGGUCAAGUUAG